GGUAGUAAAAAAAAAACAGUUUUUUGGGUAUGUCGGCCGAGUGAAGGUCUCUGACAAACAAAGUCCAAAAAUAAUACAAAUUGUAUUACAAACAGUGCGAAUUUUUGGUCAAAUAAUACGUACAUGUGCUGUUUAUAUUUGGAGUCUAUUAUUAAAAUGCUAAACCGUUAACUCAUAUAAAUGUCUAGUGUAUAACCUCUCAAUAAGCAAUUAGCCUUUCUUAUUGUAAUAAAAUUCCUUAGCUCGCGAUAAAUGAAAGUGUUGUUUACAUUCCGUGAAGUGCAUGGUAUGCAGUUUGCGGCCGUUUUGGAUGCAAGUCGCAAGAAUAACGGGGCGAGUGUCCGCGAGUGAAAAUGCAGGGGCAAGAGUUUGUGUGUUCAAAAUGUGUGUAAAUCAGUGUAAUUUAAUUACAAGGUGUUAUUGUGGUGUUCUGUGCUGGAUGUCGCGGUAGGAUUGCCAUGUCCCGGCUGGUCGACUACUUCGUGAUUGUGGGAUUCGACCACGAGAAAGAAAGAGGCGGGCUGAGCAGUGGCGUCAUCCUACAACGCUUUCCAGAGAUCAACUGGGACGACACUCCUUUCCACGAGGGGAUAGAAUGGUUCUGCCAGCCACAAGGAUGGGCGUUGUCGACGGAGCGGUCGGAGCCGCGCUUCUACGUGUCGGUGCUGACGGACGUGGACGCGAACCGGCACUACUGCGCGUGCCUCUGCUUCAACGAGACCGUCGCCAUCACGCCCACCAAGCCCGCAGACGAGGACGAGGAAUCGUUGGAGCCGAGGCCGGUGGCCAACAUCACGCACCACAGCAUCAUGUACGCGCCCAAGUGCCUCGUCAUCGUGUCGCGACAGGACUACCUGGACACCUUUCGGAACUGCUUAGGCAUAAUCUACACAGUAUGGGUAGAGAACCUGGGCGUACCCCUGGAGACAUUGGUGGGCAACCUGCUGGGUUGUGUAUUAGUGCCUCCAGCGGGCGGUCCGCAGGUUCGCUUCAGCAUCGGCGCGGGCGACCGCCAGGCGUUGCAACCACCGGCCGCACCGCCGCUGCCCGUCACACAUACAUCCGUACACAUGCUACUGCGGUUAUUAGGCAUCCACAACUCAGUAACCCUCUGGUGCGCCGUGAUGUCCGAGCACAAAGUCCUGCUAGUCUCCCUCGCGGCGGCCCGCCUCGCGGCCGCCUGUAGAGCCCUCGCCGCGCUCAUGUUCCCGUUCCGCUACGCGCACGUGUACAUACCGCUGCUGCCGUCCGGCCUGGUAGAGGUCCUCGCGACGCCCACGCCCUUCCUUAUUGGCGUGCAUUCCAGUUUAAAGGAGGAGGUGUCUGAGUUGUUAGACGUGAUAGUAGCGGACCUGGACGUCGGUUCCCUCCACAUCCCCGCCGGCGUGAACAUCCCCCGGCCCGACGGAAAGCUCCUAUCAUCCCUCCAAGAAGACCUAGCAUUGGUCCUACAACCCGAGCUACGGUCUGCUGAUUCAGCCUUCGCACCACCACCCCCUGCGGCUUCACCGCCUCAUAUGCUGGAUAAGGAGAUUAGAGCCGUGUUUAUGCGGACGUUAGCGAAGUUGCUGCAGGGUUAUAGGCACUGCCUCACAAUCAUCCGCAUCCACCCAUCGCCGGUGCUCACAUUCCACAAAGCGGGGUUCUUGGGCAGCCGCGGGCUGGCGCAGUGCCCGUUCGCCGUGCGGCUGCUGGACUCCAUGUUCUUCAACGGGCUGGUGGCCGAGCGCGGCCCGCCGUGGCGCCCUACUGACAUAUGGGACGAGCUUGUGCAGAAUCUACCAGAACAACUGAGGUUAGAAUCGCUGAAUCCGAACCUGGAGCUGCAACACAUACAAGACCUCGCGAUGCAACUGCAACUCAACGAGAACCCUAACCCGCAGACAUACCAGCAGCGAAUUCUCCGACCACCAGAAGGAGCUUCAGCCCGCAUCCACCAGCCUCCCUUACCGACGUUAGACCCGGUGCGCGUCAAAGAGGUCAUCGAUGAGGUCACUGCGAGGAACGCAGAACAUCCCAAACUGACGGCGCUGCGGGCCGUGGUGCCGCGCAUCGUGCCGCCCGCCGCGCCGCCCGUGGGCGCGCCCGAGGCCGGCGCCGCGCUCGUCACCAACUCCGCGCGCCGCCUCGAGGUCCUCCGCGCCUGCAUAGCGGCGAUAUUCGAGUGCCGCUACGCGGACGCGCGCAAGUCGUUCCCCGCCGUGCUGCUGGCGCUGCGCGCGUGCGCCGCGCGCGCCGCGCUCGUGCGCGACCUGGCGGCGCGCCUGCCCAGCAACAAGCACCUGCUGCACCACCACCAGUUCGAGCUGCUCGUCAGACUGAUGAACUGCGCGCUUCAGUCUUCUUCAGCCUUGGACGAGCAUUCCAUAGCGGCGGCGAUGUUGCCGCUCGCGACCGCCUACUGCCGCAAGCUAUGUACCGGCGUCAUCCAAUACGCUUACAUGUGUAUACAGGAACACCAAGUGUGGACGAGCCAGCAGUUUUGGGAGGCGGCUUUCUAUCAGGACGUUCAGCGUGACAUCAAGGCUCUGUAUCUCCCCAGCCCCACGCACCACCAGAGGGCGCCUAGUCCGAGGGACGACGAAGAAUACUCAUUGCUAAGGGCCCAGGAACCUAGCGCGUUGGAAAUCGCCGCCGAACAAAUGAGGCUGUGGCCCUCACUACCUCCAGAGAAGCAGCGCGAAAUAAUAGCAAGCGAAGAGCAAACGCUAUACAGCCAAGCCAUACACUACGCAAAUAGGAUGGUCUACCUACUACUGCCACUAGAGGGCGCGGGGCGGCGCGCCGACGCGAGAGGGGACGACGCCGACAGAGCUAGCAAUAGCAUAACUAACAGUGUGGCGGAAUCGGAUAGCGCAGAUGCGGAGUCCGGUUUCGAGGAGGCCGACCCCGGCGAGGCCGGGAACAACGUCAUCAAGAUGGUCUCCCGAUUUGUAGACAAGGUGUGCACAGAAGGAGGGGUAACGGCAGACCACGUGCGGUGUCUACACCAAAUGAUCCCCGGCGUGGUGCACAUGCAUAUGGAGACCCUUGAUGCCGUGGCGAGGGAAAGCCGCCGCUUGCCGCCCGUACAAAAGCCGCGGAUAGUGGCCCCGUGGCUGGUGCCGGGCGAGGCGGUGGCGGGCGCGGCGCUGCGCUGCUGCCUGGCGGCGGACGGCCGCGCGGCGCCGCUGCUGCCCGCCGAGGGCGCGCUCUUCCUCACCAACUACCGCCUAGUGUUCCGCGGCGCGCCGCUCGACCCCUUCGCAUGCGAACAAACGGUCGUGCGGUCGUUCCCUUUAUGCGCGCUGACGCGUGAGAAAGCUGUGCGCACGCACUACCUACCGCACUUGGAGCACUCGCCGCAGGAAGGCCUGCAGCUACGCUCUGCCACCUUCCAGCUCAUCAAGGUUGUACUAGAUGAGGAAGUGAGUUCGGAACAACUAGACGUAUUCCGCAAGGCGUUAGCGCGGCUGCGGCACCCGCAGCACGCGACUCACCACUUCGCGCUCGCGCCGCGCGCCAUGCCGCCCCCGCCCGGACCGGUGCCCAAGCAUCACACGCUCAAGGGCUUUGCAAAGAAGACUCUACUAAAGACGGCCCGACGGGCGGGCCUCAAGCCUAAACCGUCCAAGAGGCAGAAGUACGUGCUACCUUCUGCCUCUGCAAGGUCGUUGACCUCGCCCCCGCUCAUGUCGUCCUUGUCUGCUGAUACACUCUCAUUGGAGGAGCUGGAGCUGGGCGACGCGGGGAGCGCGGAGGUGCCGGCGGCGCGCACGCUGGAGCGCGUGCGCGAGCGGGCCUACGCGCGCGACUGGGCGCGCCUCGGCCUCGCUGCGUCGCCCUUCCGCCUCACGCACACCAACGCCGUCUACACGCUGUGCCGGAGUUACCCAGCAGUGUUCCCCGUACCCGAGGGCGUGGGUGACGAGUCCCUCCGAAGAAUCGCUCGAUGCUACCGACAAACUCGCCUGCCGUGUCUCACGUGGCGACAUCCGAGAACGCAUGCAUUACUAGCCAGAUCAGCGGCGCCACACCACAAAGGCGUCAUGGGUAUGCUGAAAGGUAGCCACCAAACGCAAGGCGCCGCGCAAAGCGGCACUGAAACCACCUCUAGCUUAGAACAGGAACGAUACUUGGCAACCCUGGUAGCCUGUACGCCAGCGUCGCGGGGCGAGCUCGAAGAUUCAAGUCUCAGUUUAGACUCGUUACUCCUCACGGAAGAGCCCACGCACACGCCGCUGCUCAACAAGCCCGGUACCAUGGGAGCGGCCACACGAGGCUCCGGUGGCGCGGGCGGAGCGCGGCACUUCGGCCGCUGGGGCUCACUGAAGGGCCGACAACCUUCCAGCCUCGACCUGUACCAACGGCAGCGACUUUCCGCCGCCGAUGUCGACUCGGUAUCUGGCGACGGCACGGGCGGUGUCCGCCGCGCGUCCCUCUACAUCGUGACAGAGAAGGGGCUGAGCAUAGCGACGGUCGGCGGCUGCGAGCCGGUGCCGGCCGAGUACCCCGACGGCCGCGCCGCCAGGCACGCCUUCAAGAAGCUGCUGCGGGCAGCCGCGCCGUCCGCGCCUGCCGCACCCAACGAUCCUGGCUUCUACAGAUUGGUGGAGGAAUCAGGCUGGCUGUGGCAGCUCCGGCAGCUGUUCCAGCUAGCUGGCUGCGUAGUGGAUCUACUGGAUUUACAAGGUUCCUCUGUGCUGCUGUCGCUCGAGGACGGCUGGGACGUGGUGGCGCAGGUCUCAUCAUUGGCGCAAAUCUGCCUAGACCCCUACUAUCGUACGAUAGAAGGGUUCCGCACCCUCGUGGAGAAGGAGUGGCUGGCCCUUGGACACAAGUUCCAGCAGCGGCUCAACAUCGGGCCUACUCCUCAGCAGGGCUACACGCCCACCUUCCUCAUGUUCCUUGACGCUGUGCAUCAGCUCCAAAAGCAGUUCCCUUUAGCCUUCGAGUUCAACGACUAUUACACCCGCCUCGUCGCGUACCACAGUACGUCGUGUCGGUUCAGAACAUUCCUACUCGACAACGAGGCCUCACGAGCCGAACUAGGGCUCGUCGACGAGCGCCGGCCGGACAUCGGCAAUCGAUUGGGCGUGGAGACGGGCGUGACCGGUUCUGAAGAGGACGUGUACCGCGCGCAGCACGGCCAGUCGCUAUUCGACUACAUCGACAAGCUGCACCAGAAGUCGCCUAAUCUGUACAAUUUCUUAUACACGCCGGACCUUGACAACCCGGUACUACGGCCGAUGUCGUCCGUAUGCAGCCUGGAAGUGUGGGAGUACUACACGCACGAGGAGCUAGCUCACGGCGCGCCGUACGACCUCGAGGCGCAGUCACCCGACGACGAGCGGGAGCCGCGCGCUCGCCGCACCGUCACCGCCGGAUACGAUAGCAUACCUCGCGCCAUGCCGGCUUCGUUUACCGGACUGUUGGAACGGAUCCGUUCGUUAGAACUGGAGUUAGGGCACCUGCCGCAGAAAUGGCGCGUGCGCUGGGACCAGCUCGAGCUGCCUAAUACGCUGGAACUGCAGCGCAACUCGUCGCUGUCGUCGUCGGUGGUGCGGCGCUGCACGCUGCUGCUGCACAAGCGCGGCACGCUGGAGCUGCUGGUGCGCGGGCGGCUGGCGCGCGCACCCGCGGCCGCGCCGCAGCACCGCUGGGGCGCCGCCGCGCACGCCGCGCCGCAGCGCUGCGACCACUGCGACCAUCUGCUGUGGGGACCCGUCAAGACGGGCGUCCGCUGCAUGGACUGCGGCGCGAGCUGCCACGAGCGCUGCGCGGACCAGCUGACCGCGCCCUGCACGCGGUACAAGGCGCCACCGCCGCCCGAGCGCGAUAGAGAUCCAAGGGCCUCUGGGGGAAACAGUGUCGGGACACUGCAGUCAUCUUCGCAGCAGUACUACGAGCAGUUUUCGUCGAACGUGGCUGAGAACAGGACGCACGAGGGCCACUUGUACAAGCGGGGCGCGCUGCUCAAGGGCUGGAAGCAACGGUGGUUUGUGCUAGACUCCAUCAAACAUCAGCUUCGCUACUACGACGCGAUGGAGGACUCGCAUUGCAAAGGCUUCAUUGACUUAGCAGAGGUGAUCACUGUAAUGCAGGCCCCACCCGCACCCGGACCGCCUAAGAAAUGCGACGACCGCUCCUUCUUUGAUCUACGAACGAGCAGACGCACCUACAACUUCUGCGCGAGCGACGCCAACGCGGCGCAGGAGUGGAUCGAGAAACUGCAGGCGUGUCUGCAGUGAGCGAGUCACAAACUUCACGCUGUCCCCUUUUGUCGGGAGCGCCGUGAGCGAGAUGCCAAUAGUCUAAUAAUAGUUUCAGCCGUUACUAGGGCAUUUUACAAAAAAAUGCAUGAUACAAUACUGUUUAUUGCACACCUCUAACAGUUUACAUUCAAACAGAGACUUUGACAAAGAAAAUAAAUUUUAAAUGUACAAGUUUUCUUUACUUGAAUCCAUAUUUGUGAUUCGUUAUUUGGAAACGCCUAUAUUAUCUUUAUUUUUAAAUAUUGUUCAACACGCGUGCUAAAACUAAAAAGGCAAAAAUUGAAUUAAACUUGUUAUGGACGACCUCUAGUACGUUACACUUGUAAUACCUUGAAUUCUAGUAUAAACUGAUUUAAAAGUAUUUCAAUAACUAAAUCGACAAAAAGUGUAUGACUAGUGAAAUAUACCCACAAAUAACUAAACAGUUAAAAAAGUGACGCGAUCUCACGGUCCUCGCGCCAUCUAGCGUAGUUAUUGCGUAAACAGCUUCACUAUCGCUCUUGUUUUUUAAGAGAUAGAGUUGAAAAUCCGCGGAUGGUUUUUUAGAAGUUGUUUACCCAGUUAGGAUAAUUGUCGACAAAUAUAUAGUGUUGUUAUGUUGAAUUUGUACAUAUUUUAUCUUUAAUUAUUGUUGUGUAAAGACUUUCGUUCCAUUAUGUGUAAAAUUCAGUUCGUAGCGCCUCUGUCGCACGAGUUUACUCAUUCGUGUCUUCAUUUGAGCGUUUUCAGUGUUGUAAUGUGUAUUUUACAUGCACAUUAGAAAUGUAUGCAUUUUUGGUGGCCCAUGAGGGGGCGCAGGCUCAAAUGAUGACACGGCUUUAUUGUGACCGACGCAAGGCGUGUUUAGUUCUAAAUAUAAAUUAUAUUUCUUAAUGGAAGAUAUUAUUUUUUACUCGGGAAUCUCGUUGCAAUGAGCCACCCUCGUUUAUUGUUAUAUACUCAUUGAUAAUUUUGUAUGUUUUGUAAAUAGUGACACCCACAUAUCAGCCGCCGCGACGCCCUGAAUUUAACCUCUAUAUGCACAUGCUUAUAGCCAUUGACACGGCACCUGUCUCUUUCGAACUUUAUACGCUCGGAUUCAAUAUGACUACCUACAGUUACAUUGUCCUUAAAUCGCGUCUAAAAAAACUAUCGUUCUUGAGACAUCAUUUCAUCGUAGAUUUUUGGCUUUUGAUAUAAUCAUUGAUCAUUAAUGUUUUUUUACUUGCAAUAGUGUCCGACAAUGAUUUCAACGUCGUAACGCCCAAUGUGCAUUCCAAGGACAUUCCGCUUAAACUAAUUAGAACCUUUAAUAGAGCAAACAAGGUUGAAAUUAAAAAUAGGAAUUUUUGUAUUGUGGGCCUUAAGGGGUUCAAAGAUUCCAAUAUAAAUUUCUGCUUAUAUUUGGGACUUUGGGAGUAGCGUAACUGCUAUAGUAAAAUAUUCAAUCCCUGGUGUGUGAGAGAGCCAGAUGCAGGUUAUAAGCACUAUUUAACUUUGUAACCAUUAACCAAGUCUAAUGCAAAUGCUUAUUUACAUUUUGUUAUAUAUGUUGGUGUUUAUAAAUGUAAGGAUGUAUACAGCAUCAGGCAGGCAGAGUUUUAUAUCGAUUUCAGUCAAAAAUCCAUUUAAAGAUGGAAUAUAAAUUGACUGAAUGGCAUCUUUGAUCUGAGAUCGUCAUCCUGCCGACUGUAUAUGAUUAUUGCUAAGAUUGUUGUGUACAUAUUAUUGACGUGGGGUCCGCAUUUCGUCGCGGUGGGCGAGCGGGAUAUGAAUGUUGUGUUGUGUUUGUGUUGUGAGGGCUCGGUCGAUGCUUUUUAUUCUGUGUUAUACUAUACAUAUAAAUACCUAACCUCUUCACACUCGCCCUAGCCAGGCGUGGCUCACUCCGCGAUUUCGUCGCUUUGCGACAGGUACAAGUACAUCCGUUCCACCCCAAUUUUGGGGAAAGCCAUAGGCCGCGCGUGGCGCUGUCGCCACCUAGCGGCCAUAUCUGUGCUGAUCGUAACCGAUGCGUUUUGUUAGAGAGUGAGUCUUCUGUACCUAGUACUAUUAUUUAUUCUAUGCUAUGGCGCGUUACGUAGGUAUAAUAGGCAUGGAGUUGAAAGGGUUAAAAGCGACAUAACGUCUUAUUGGGAAUAUUUAGAUUUCUCUAAUGAUUCUUAUAGUUGUACUUUGCACUACAUAUCUAUAACGUAGAGGUCAAAUCACAAGGUUAAGAUCAAAAGCUCGAAGAGUUCUCACAACACUUAGAUGUACGCGCCUGUAGCGCUGUAGAGAUUAUUCGUGCCAAAUAUGCACCGAGUGCGAUCAGAACUUGCUUUGCUAUAGCACUGGCCGUAUACUCGUAGGCCCCCUGAGGCCGUACAAGGUUUUAUAGGCCUCUAAGCCGUACUCACAAGGCCACUGUCAUAUCAGAGAGUGGAUUGUGAGACUUCAAAACAGUUUCGCUAAACAGCAUCACCAUCAAGGUAUUGGCUAGGCCUGAUAGGUAUGUAAGCACUGGUAAGCUUUCGCUUGGUGUCUCAGUUUCACCGCCUUAUAGAAGAAAUAAUGUAAGGGGCGAUUGGCAUUUCAUUGCUAGUUCGGUCUUAACUGACCAUCGGUGAACCCUAUGUAUUGGCAAUAAGGCUUACAAAUUGUCAGUUUACAAUGUGGACGAUGAUCUUGUCUUAUACCUUUCAUUACCAAAUGCCAGCGUGUCCAUUGGUUCCAUCAUUGGACUAAUAGCACAGACAAAAAUCAAGGACAUCUACCAUUGUUAUUUAUUUAGGCCGAUAAAGUUACCCACUCUAAACUGUCGCUUCUGUUCGAAAUAGUUUGUGUGAAUAUGACCGUUCGUCCCAUUAUGUUCAUAGUUUCUGUGAGCUGACCCAGCCUCGUAUGUGCUGUGUACCGUCAAAUAAAGAGAUUUUU